AUUAAUUCGAGAAAUGGCGAUUCCAUAGUACUUGGUUAUAGCUUCCGUUUUCCGCACAAGGCAUUGACCUCCACUCCCACUGACCUGUUGAGACUAACACAGUUGAUGUCUUCAAUGCUCCUCCGCACAACAUAAUUUUCACGAGAAAAAUCAUGCUUCUGACCGUGGUGUUCGUCAGUCUUGUUGGUCAGAUUUUUUUCAAAAAUGUGGCUUGUGCUGAUCCAUACACACCAAAGGGGAAAGGAAACGCUGUUGUUACGGAAGUCGUGGACAUGAUCAAUAAUUUGGGAAUAUUUCCAAGCGAUCACAAGUUCCUCUGCCGCGUAGCCUGGGUCGAGUCAAAAUACGGACAGGCAAGUGGUACCUACAGGCCGGGGUACUAUGGUGGAAUUUGGCAGGUUGACCUCAUUGGUUAUCGUGAGACUGUUCUUCAGCAAGGACUAAAGAAGUACUGGGACAAAAUUAAAGUCAAACUCGGCAUCGACUGGACCAAGACUCAAUGGGAAGAUUUGGAGAAACCGCUGUACUCUGGACUGGCUGCUCGGUUGUUCCUGGCCAGAAUUCCUGCUCCUAUUCCGUCUGAUCUUUCUUCUCAAGCUCUGUACUGGAAGACUUACUACAACACUUCAGCUGGGAAAGGAACUGUGCAGAAGUUUAUUAAUGAUGUGAAGCAGGCAACAGGCUGUGCUGCCUAAGAAAGGAAUUGAAGCUGUUAUGCGUAUUUCAAGUGUUUUGUCAUGUGUCGUGAGAUUCAAGAUUUCUAAAAUUACUAGACAAUAAUACUUUUAAUUUCUUCCGCUAAGAGGUCUAAAUGUGUAGUCUACGGUUUUUGCUUUAAGGAAAAUUGUAAAAUGCAACCGAGAACAUAAACUAAGUAAACAUUAAUUUGAAGAAAA